UACCCAGCUCAACUUCAGUCGUUGUCAUUUUGGAAGCAGAUAGUAAGGAAUUCGUCAUUUUUUGACGUUUGUAGAAAUCAGUUUCUAUAUUUUAUCGUAUUUUUGUGUUUCCUAUGAACCACCGAAGGGGUAAGGAGACCAGAGGAGAGAAAACUUGCUUAUGCUGUCAGCUUUUAGCUGGUUCAUAAACAGCAUUGUCGUGCUAAAGUGUGGAAGUUACGCUGUCAUCAUCACGCAACCUGCACUUUGAUUUUGGGGCAGUGUGCGGUGUGUCACCGACGAUUUUGGGUGUUUACCGGCCAGCCUAGUUGUCUAAGUUUGAUGUAUUAGUCAACGUGAAGCAGACUGCAGAACAACAUGAGCUUAACCAAGGGCGCGAAGAAAGACACAAAGAUGCGGAUUCGGGCGUUCCCGACCAACAUGGAUGAUAAGUACGUGGACAACAUCUGGGCGCUAUUAAAGAAUGCCAUCCAAGAGAUUCAGCGUAAGAACAACAGCGGUCUGAGCUUUGAGGAGCUCUACCGCAAUGCUUACACCAUGGUGCUUCACAAGCAUGGGGAGCGGCUUUACACAGGCCUAAGGGAUGUUGUCACAGAACAUUUAGUCGAAAAAGUGCGGGCUGAGGUCUUGGCAUCGCUGAAUAACAACUUCCUACAGACACUAAAUGCAGCCUGGAAUGAUCACCAGACAGCCAUGGUGAUGAUCAGAGAUAUCCUGAUGUACAUGGACCGGGUCUACGUGCAGCAGAAUAAGGUGGACAACGUCUACAACCUGGGACUGAAGAUCUUCCGGGAUCAGGUGGUGCGCUACGGCAACAUUCGGGACCACCUACGGCAGACACUACUGCAGUUGGUGAUGAAGGAACGACGAGGCGAGGUCGUAGACAGGAGCGCUGUUAAGAAUGCAUGCCACACGUUGAUGGUGCUGGGGAUCGACUCAAGGUCUGUGUAUGAGGAGGAUUUUGAACGGCCAUUCCUGGAGCAGUCGGCAGAGUUCUACCAGGCAGAGAGUCAAAAGUUCCUGGCUGAGAACAGUGCCUCCGUCUACAUCCGGAAGGUGGAAGCACGCAUCAAUGAAGAGGCUGAGAGGGCAGCACACUAUCUGGACAAGUCCACUGAGGAACCCAUCGUGAAGGUUCUAGAAGAUGAGCUGAUUAGCAAACACAUGAAGAACAUUGUUGAGAUGGAGAACUCGGGCGUAGUCCACAUGUUGAAAAAUAACAAGAAAGAUGACCUGGCGUGCAUGUACAAGCUCUUCAUCCGUGUCCCCAAAGGUCUAGAAACCAUGUGCCAGUGUGUGAGUGGUUACCUACGAGAGCAAGGCAAGGCCCUGGUACAGGAGGAAGACAGUGGAAAGAAUCCAAUACAAUAUGUACAGGACCUUCUGGAGCUCAAGGAUAGGUUUGACAUGUUCCUGCGGGAAUCCUUCAACAACGAUCGCAAGUUCAAGCAGACCAUCUCAGGGGACUUUGAAUACUUCCUCAAUCUCAACCCCAAGUCGCCCGAGUACCUGUCGCUCUUCAUCGACGACAAGCUCAAGAAAGGUGUCAAAGGGCUCUCGGAGCAAGAAGUGGAGGCCAUCCUUGACAAGAGCAUGAUCCUAUUCCGAUUUCUGCAAGAGAAGGACGUGUUUGAGCGCUACUACAAGCAGCAUCUUGCCAAGAGGCUACUGCUGAACAAGAGCGUCUCAGACGACUCGGAGAAGAACAUGAUCUCCAAGCUGAAGACGGAGUGUGGCUGUCAGUUCACAUCUAAGCUUGAAGGGAUGUUCAAGGACAUGACGGUGUCUAACACAUUCAUGGAGGAAUUCAAGAACCACGUGCAAACAGCACAGAUCAACAUGUAUGGAGUGGACCUGAGUGUGCGCGUCUUGACCACUGGUUUCUGGCCCACACAGUCGGCCACACCACAGUGUACGAUACCACAUCAGGCCAGAGGUGCCUUUGAAGCCUUCAAGAGGUUUUACUUGACAAAGCACACAGGGAGACAGAUAUCACUGACGCCGCAACUCGGCUCGGCAGACCUACACGCUGUCUUCUAUGGGUCCAAAAAGGAGGUAGGGAAGGUUGAGCAGCGGAGACAUAUCAUCCAGGUGUCAACAUACCAGAUGUGCAUUCUUAUGCUGUUCAACACCAGAGAGCAGGUCACAUAUGAGGAGAUCAGUCAAGAGACAGACAUCCCCUCCAAGGAUCUCAUCAGGGCACUGCAGUCACUUGCCUUAGGCAAACCCACGCAGAGAAUACUUGUCAAAGACCCUAAGUGCAAAGAAAUAGAGAAUAGUCAUGUUUUUACCGUCAACGAUAUGUUCACCUCAAAGCUUUUCAGGGUUAAAAUCCAAACAGUGGCAGCUAAGGGUGAGUCAGAGCCGGAGAGGAAAGAGACUAGGACAAGGGUGGAUGAGGACAGGAAACAUGAGAUUGAAGCUGCAAUUGUUCGCAUUAUGAAGUCAAGGAAGAAGAGACAACACAAUGUACUUGUAGCCGAGGUAACUGAGCAGCUCAAGUCCAGGUUUCUACCCAGUCCUGUGGUCAUCAAGAAGAGAAUAGAAAGCCUUAUUGAGAGGGAGUAUCUGGCCAGGACAGCAGAGGACAGGAAAGUGUACACAUACGUAGCAUGAGUUUAACAACGUGCAGUGCAACAAGGAUUUCUUACAAUGGAUCGUCAGACACCAAUACCCUUAUACAGGACAGUAGAAAGUUUGCCACUUGAGAGCCGUUUAACCCCAAGCUCAAGAAAAACAAAACGGCUUUGGACUGUGAAUUACAGGCCUGGAAACACAGCCAGCACUGCGCAAGUACCUCUGCGAGGAUCGAGUAUGGAUGUUUUAUUUUAAUGAUGAUGUGUCGGACUACCCACGUAAAAGACACCCUUUAUAAGGAGAUAUGCCCAUUUUGGUUACGCCACAUUGUACAUCCUAAAGAACAAAGGUCUCCGUUACCUGACUGCCUCACAAGGGUAGGGAAAUUUCCCCCUUGUGUUAACAUUUGUCACUGGGCUCAUAAGUAACAUGUAGCAAUAUCACUGGCUAGAUGCUUUCUCUUGGGCUUCAGGUAACUCUCGGACAGGCUAUCUUCAAUUUCAGCUUAAAGUGGCUUGGUCCAAAGCUCCUCAGCACGUCCAUUAUUGUAGCAGUUGUUAAGUUGGCUGAGAUUUUCAGCCUUUCAUGAAGCACUAAGUAUUUGCUAGCAGACUCAAGAUUCUGAGGUCUACUGUGUGUAAAAAGUAUGUGGUACGGAAAGAGUUUGUGGAGAGGACCUUUUUAUUUGUCGAGAUAUGGUUUGCAUUUGGGAACCAGUGAUCACUUGGAUUUGCCUUACAAUAGGUGUGAAUGAAAGGCUUAUUCUCUCAAGAGGUCAGGGUUUAAGUUUACGUGUUGAAGGUGUUUCUCUGUAAAGUCACCUUGAAAGCAAAGCGUCUACUGGGAAACCAGUCACUGGUGAAACGCCUUAGGUGGUAUUGAGGCCGGUAACCCUUUCUGUGCUCUCAGGAGCUCUUGGAAAUUGGUUUGGGAUUUGUUCCAUGCCUUAAUCACUGAUACAAUUUCAGGGCGCUGAAGUGGUGGCAACGGUGAAAUAGUCCAUCACAGAAAGUUAGUUUCAAUGCCAACCAGCUCUUGCAAAGUUUACCUGCCGUCGGCAGUUAUAUUACACCAGACGCCACGGUACAUUUUGUAACGGCAUUGAACAGUCGUGGUUAAUUCUUUACUUUGAUCUUCAUGGGUUAGAGUUUAAACAGUAAUCAAAUUAAAAAAAAAUGCUCGUAAGAAUUUAGAACACUCUUGGCAUAUUGACACAGCAUUCAUCAUUUAUCUUUAUUAUGGAUAUUGCCCAUUUAAACUACAUGUACUUGUUGAUUUGCCCCUGCCAUAACUUUAUAAAUUAUGCCCUGUAUCUAGACUCUGAGAGACGUCAUGCAUAUUCCUCCUAAGUUAUGUGUGGAUGGUAGGGUUCAGGUAAUAAAUUAUAUGAAUUUAUUUCUUCAGCUGGUAAUAAGCAGGGGUGAGAUUUUUUGCGAGAUUUUCCCUGAUUUCAGUAUUUUUCU